GCGUUCCCGGUGGGGUCGUCGCCGCGAGUCUGCUCGGUUUUCACUGGAACGCAACGCUCAUGACUGACCUCUUGUUUAUCUGCAUCAUCUAAUUUAUUGCUCCUAUACACUCUCCUUCGCUUUUCAUCAUGACGAUCACCACGCCGGCUGCCGGUUCUCGCAUCCUAUUCAUCGACUCAUACGAUUCCUUCACAUACAAUCUCGCGGCCCUAUGCAGAAAAUCAAUACCUGGUUGUAGCGUGCAUAUUCUCAAGAACGACAACCUCUCCAUCGGCGAACUCUGUCCCUAUCUUGACCACUUCUCUGCCCUAGUCGUCGGUCCUGGUCCUGGAUCCCCAGACAAGGAUAGCGACGUCGGUCUCGUGCGCGAUAUAUGGAGACUUGCGGAUGACCACCUCCUUCCCGUGUUUGGUGUCUGUUUGGGUCUGCAGAGUUUUGCAAUGGAGUUCGGGGCCAAAUUGCAUAGACUAAACGUCGUCAAGCAUGGCCAGGUAUCCACUAUCCAUCACAACGGAAUGGACAUCUUUGCAGGUGUUGGUGAUGUCGCUGCAGUGCGCUACCACUCUCUGCACGUCUCCGUGGACGGAUGUGAUGACAUCGAGGCCCUGGCGUGGGCCGACGACGGAGAGGAGAAUGGGAAGGUGGUUAUGGCUGCGAAGCAUCGGAGCAAGCCGUUCUGGGCUGUUCAGUACCACCCGGAAUCCGUGCGUACCGAACGCGGCGGCGAAGGCGUUCUCCGUAAUUUCUGGCAGCUAGCCAUGGCAUGGACAAGAAAGCAGCGUCGAGCAGUCCGACCUUGGAAUGCUGCAGCAGAACGUCUCAUGGGGUCACCUUGGCCAUCACCUCAGCCGCCUCGCAUGCUUUUACCUGGUUUGUCGACGACGGUGACCGCACGCACUGUCGAGGCACAUGGCAUAACGCCGACCGACGUAUGUGAGAGGCUAGGAGUGUGCAACGACUCUAUGGAUUUCGUACUCUUGGAUUCUGCGGCCCAGCCCGGCCGUUUCUCGAUCGUCGGAUGUCUGACCAAAUCUUCCACCAAGAUCACCCAUUACGUGGGCGAUGACCACGUCAAUCUAUGCGAGAGCGGUACUAUGCGGUCUGAAACACUCGGAGCUUCGACUAUCUGGGAUUGGCUCGCGGACUUCAUGCGCUCAAGGAGGGCCGAGGGUGGUGUGAGGGAUGUGCCCUUCUGGGGAGGUUUGAUUGGGUUCUUGAGUUACGAGCUCGGGACCGAGACUCUAACUCCUUGUACGCCUCAUGGAGUGGAGGAUGCUUCAGGGCGCAACCCCGAUGUCAACCUGGUUUUCAUCGAGCGGAGUAUCGUCAUCGACACCGUCUCAGGGAAGGUCUACAUCCAGACACUUCUACCGAACGACGAGGCUUGGCUGCAGGAGACGUCGGCGCUCGUCAAAGAUUGCCCUUCGCGCCCGGAGAGCAGGCGUACAUCCCCAGCGAAGCGCAGGAAGAAGAGCGCUUCGACUUCGCCGCCGGUUGUAGCUCUACCGGAUCGCGAGCAAUACAUCUCGCGCAUCCGCGAAGCCAAGGAAUACCUCUUCUCCGGUGACUCCUACGAGCUCUGCCUAACCGCCCCGACGCACAUCUCCGUACCGAAGGCUGUUCGCGGUGCUCCCGAGCAUAGCUCGUCAUGGGAGCUCUACAAGGUCCUGCGUACGCGGAACCCUGCCCCGCACUCGGCCUAUAUCCGUUUACACCCGUCAACGCUUUUGUCAUCCUCUCCGGAGCGCUUCCUCUCCUACUCCAGACCUCCGCAGUCGACAUGUCAGCUACGUCCCAUCAAAGGCACUGUACGCAAAGCGCCUGGUAUUACACGCGCAGUCGCGGAGGAGGCUUUGGCAGGCAGCGUCAAAGAGGUCGCCGAGAACCUGAUGAUCGUCGACCUCAUUAGGCACGAUCUCCACGGAGUCGUGGGCGAGGACGUGGAGGUGAAACAGUUCUGCAAGGUCGAGGAGUACAAGACCGUCUGGCAGCUCGUGAGCGUCGUCGAGGGAAAGCUUCCUAGUGGCGAGCACGGUCCCCGUGAGAUGGACCUCGGAUGGGAGGUGUUGCGCAGGAGCUUGCCGCCGGGUAGUAUGACCGGUGCUCCGAAGAAGCGCAGCGUGGAGAUCCUACGCACGCUGGAGGAUCAUCCUAGAGGCAUCUACUCCGGUGUGUUCGGAUACUGGGACGUCGGUGGUGGUGGUGAUUGGUCCGUGACCAUCCGUAGUUGCUUCAAACACGAUUCGAGCGCGACAUCUGCACACUCCGUGGCGUCUACAGAUUCCUCGACGCGGGCUGCUUCCGCUACCGAGCAGUGGACCCUCGGUGCGGGAGGCGCCAUCACGGCACUGUCAGACCCCGAAGCUGAGUGGGAGGAAAUGAUCGUGAAGGUCGAGAGCGUCAUUCGAGCUUUCGGUGAAGUGGAGUUUUCCUGAGCGGUAUUGUUACAUGCUAUUCAGCAGAUCCUAAUUCUUUCGGUCGGGUAUAUCGGGUUAAAGCGGGCCUCAUCGCCCGCUGCUUCAUUCAUCUGACUGGCAUUUCAACUCCAGUCACGACACUGCAUUGCUAUCCUUA